UUCCCGUAUCGCGUAAUCGAAAGCUACCUUCUUAACACAAAAACUCUCCGACCAAAAAUUGGGGAACGACGAUGGCGACGACUCUCCAGAAACUCUCCUCUCAAAUCCACCGCCUCUCUCCAUUCGUCAGAUCCCUAACCGUCCGCACCUCCGCCACAUCUGCUCCUUCUCCGUCGUCUCUGGGAUCUAAGAAAGUCUCCGACCGAAUCGUCAAGCUUUCUGCGAUCGAUCCAGAUGGUUACAAGCAAGAUAUCAUUGGGCUCUCUGGCCAGACUCUCCUUCGUGCGCUCACUCACACCGGUCUGAUCGAUCCGGCGUCGCAUCGAUUAGACGACAUCGAGGCUUGCUCUGCUGAGUGCGAGGUUCAGAUCGCUGAGGAAUGGCUCGAGAAACUCCCUCCGCGUAGCUACGACGAGGAGUAUGUCCUGAAGCGUAGCUCUAGAUCCCGUGUUUUGAACAAACACUCUCGUCUUGGUUGCCAAGUUGUGUUAACCCAGGAGCUUCAAGGUAUGGUCGUCGCCGUCCCUGAAGCUAAGCCUUGGGACAUCCCGUAAGUUUUUGCGCUUAAGUCUCUCAUAAGUGUCGUUGGUGGUUUUGUUCUCAAAUUGGGCUAAUAAAUUUCGCGUUGGAAAUUAUGGUACUCUGCAGAUAACUCCAUAUUUGAAUCUGUAAUCUUUGGUUUCCUUACUUUUAAAUUUUUGUAAUGUGGUAAAGAACUUGCUUGUUUAAACGAUCAUCCCUGCUUUUAGUAUGGGUUGUUGCUUUGCAAAUUGAAUGUUGUUGCUUUCUUGAUUUCA